CAUUACAAUGGGAAUAGCCUAAUUGCAAGGCUCAUUGGACAUUGCUCGAAGUGGUACUACGUUGCCUGGAGUUUGUGUAUGAAGCGUGAAAUAAGACGUCUCUAAAUAGGGUCGUGGCGGCUGCCUUGGUGCUCGACAGAUCUUCCGGACAAUAGUGGGCUCACAAGACGUCUGGAAGAAAGGGCUGGUCUUUCGUGCCACAGCUAGUUCGGUACUGGUCGUGUGUAACCCAGCAGCAGGCACUUUGGAAGCGAGGUCAUCAGAGUUCGUUGGACACCUGGGUAUGUGUAAACACUAGUUGAGACCGACAAGCCUGCAGUAACAGCGUAACUAACAACAGCAUGCCGCCUCCGCUAGUACGCAGCAUCAGCAACGUCAAGCGCCAGUUCUCAUACCGGCAGCCAAUCAAGCCCUUCGUCAGCUCGACUUUCGUGGAUUUUCAAGAGGAACGAGACUACCUGGUGAAGCGUGUGUUUCCCACACUUGACACAAUCUGCAGAGAGCGGGGCACCAACUUCACUCCUAUCGACCUCAGGUGGGGGAUAAACAACAACCAGGCAAACUCAGGACAGGUCAUCAAACUGUGUCUAGAUUACAUAAACAGGUGCACACCAUUCUUCAUAUGUUUACUGGGAGACCGGUAUGGCUCGCAUCGCCCCGAGACCGCAGACCCACUACCCAAGACGCUGGAAGGUCUACCAGGGGACGCAUCUUGGAUGGACAAGAACUUUGUGGUUGCAGCACAGGGUGGUCACGGAUGGGUGUUACAAGAGGCACACCAAACGUGCAGCAUUACAGAGCUGGAAAUCAUACAAGCGUCAUCCCUUAACGAUAACGAACACUGCUACUUCUACUUCAGGGACUCUACAAAACUAGAUGAAAGACUGGCAGAUUUACCCAAAGACAAGCAAGAAGAGAAACUACAGGAAUAUGCCCCCGAGAGUGAAUAUGCAGAGAUUCGAGUGCGAGAUCUGAAGGAGAGAUUGAUUAACAAGGGCCUUCCUGUGAGGUACUUCAGUACAGUAGAGGAGCUGGGAAGGAUGCUGCUGGAGGACUGGACAAGGGUCAUUGACAGCCUCUAUCCACCUGUUGAUGACUUCUUAGAUGUUGGUGGGGAAUCCUUCAGACAGUGGGCAGCUCAUGAGUCCUUUGCCGAGACCCGUCGGCGCAUCUUUGUGUCGACACCAGAGGUAGAGCGCCUCAAUAACCAGCUGGAUGAGCAUGCUCUCUCAGGAGCCAGUCAACCAUCAGCAGAUGACUUCUUAACUCGUACCAGGUGUCCUGACAACUCCUUCAGGUCCAGGCUGCCCUCGGAGCCAGGUUACAAGUCCAUCAUGAUGCUGGUUGGUGAGCGCGGCUGUGGGAAGACUGCCAUGGUCGCCAACUGGGUGAAGAAUUUUGCCUCCAGCACUGCUGACAUAGUUGUGGUGUCUCACUAUGUGGGAGCAAGUGCAGAAAGUACUGAUGUCGGCAGUUUUCUGCGCCGCUGUACUCAGGAGCUUAGGAAUGAAUUUGCAGGAGCCCACAGUGAUAUGGCGUCAACCACGCAGGAUCUGUCAGAUUUCCACCGUACGUGUGAGGCCUUCCUGGCAGCGCUGACGCUCGGACCGUCUGUACUGGUGCUUGAUGGGAUAGAUGAGUUGAACAGCGCAUACGGCAUGACCACACAGCAGGUGAAGGAGUUUACAUGGCUGCCCUACCCCCUCCCACCUCAGUGUCGCAUCAUCGUCACCACCACACGGUCAGACCUGACGUACAAGGCACUGGUCAACAGGCCGGAUGUUACUGAUCUAACUGUCCCUCUACUGGCAGAUUCACCUUCCAAGAGCUCAGUAAUAGAGGAACACCUGGCUGAACACUGUAAGUGUCUGGAGUCCACCCAGCUGCAGCGCAUCGUGGAGUGUAAGCUGAGCAACCGUCCGCUCUUUCUCUUCGUGCUGGCCAACGAGCUGUGUGUGAUUGGUCAGCAGCAGAGGCUGGACGCCCAGCUGGAGGUGUAUCUCGAGGCGACGAGUAUCCGUGACCUCUGGGUCAGCAUCAUUCAGCGCUGGGCAAAGGAUUAUGGGUGGUUGAACAGGAAAGAACAGACAAUAGAGAAAGGAAGUAGAGGCUGGGUGGCCGAUGCUCUCCGGCUCAUCGCGGUCUCCCGUAACGGCCUGCAGGAGUCUGAGAUCCUCGGAGCACUGGAACUGAUGGGGUACAGGGACGACUACAAGGUGGCGUCGUUCGACUGGGCGCUGUUCCGAUCCUGCGCACAGGACGCCCUAUUUGAGAGGCCGGGAGGACUACUCAACUUCUUCCACCAGGACAUUCGAGAGGCUGUGGAGUGUUCUCUGUUGGGAACUGUUACCAGCACUGCCUCCAAAUCUUCCUUCUCUUUCCCUUCCAUGCACGAACAUGUACGUAAUAAGUACCAUGCCGUGUUGGCGGAGUUCUUCAGCCGACAGCCUCACUCCGACCGCCGCGUGGACGAGCUGCCGUGGCAUCUAGAAAUGAGCGGGGAGGUGGGGCGUCUUUGCAAGGUUCUGUCUGAACCAGGGAUGUUCCUGGCUAUGUGGGGAGACAGCAAACAGAGUAGCACCCUGCGACUGGACCUGGUACGGUACUGGAAGUUCCUGACCCAGGCCGGGUACGAUCCGGGAGAGGUGUACGGGCGCAUGGUCAGGAAAAUCACAGGAGACAAUGAGUCUACAGCAGAUGCUGAUGGCCGCCUGUCCCGUACCGUGAGUGUGGUGAUAUCGGAGCCUCCUGUGUGGCAGGACCCAAGUGACAGCGAUAUAGACCCCAGAUCUCUGAGUCCUACUGGCAAGCUCCACUCCUGUCUCACCACCAUUAAGGAGGGUUCAGACCAGGCCUCAGUCAGCAAUGCCAGUGAGAGCAGUAUGGGUGCAGUUAUGAGCAUCGCCACAAGCUUUGGCAGCCUGGCUGGAGGUAGAAGUGACGAUGACGGCUUUGACCCAACUCCUGAAGAGCGUGCCAUGGACAUCGAGUCGACGUUCUUGACGGAAAGUCGUGUGGCUCACCUGGAUAUGGAGGAGGAACGCGAGGAUAUCAAGGAAAUGUCUCAGUACGAAGUCGCCACGUUGGCGUGCCAUGCAGGACAGUUCCUGAACGAGAUCGGAAAGUUCCAGAAUGCAGAGGAGAUGCUGCACAAGGCACAUGACCAGCUGAAGAACGAGGACUGUCCCAGCCUGGCGGAGCAGCAGCUGCUGUGUAAGGUGGAGGAGAACAUCGGGAACCUGUACCUGUUCCAGCUGAAGACACAGGAGGCAGAGGACUGGUACGGAAAGGCACUGGGGACCAUCAACUCCAUACAGGAGGAGGACGCUGAACACAUGGCUAAAAUGAUUGAGACCAAAGGCAGGCUGCUGGACCAGCUGGGGAACAUGAAGACCUACGCCAGCUGUUUUGCGGAGUCGGACCAGCUUCUGCAGGAGGCCAGAGAGCACAUGGAGUCUGCCUGCAGCAUCCCUGGUAUGGCCUCAGUACAGCAUCACAUGGGGGUGCUGAAGAUGAGGAGACAUCAGUACCAUCUGGCUGAGGAGUGUCUGAGGGAGGCACUGACUACAAGGGAGAGAUGGUAUGGUACAUUCCAUCCCAUGGUUGCAGAUGUAUUGAAUGACCUUGCUGGGCUACUGGCAGACAGGAACAACAAGAAGGGUUUUAACCGACGUGAGGCGGAGUCCCUGUACCGACGAGCGCUGCGGAUCAGGGAACAGUGUCUCGGGUCAAACCAUCUGCUGGUGGCCACUACCCUGUUCCACUUAGGAAAGUUGCUGAAGGUUGAUGGUGCCCAGCAUGUGAAGAGAGAAGCGGUGAAGUGUCUGCAGCAGUCUCUGGACAUCCGUACCAAACUGUUGGGUCCCGAACACCCAAUCACACGGGCCGUACGGAACAGUCUCCGCGAUGUGGAGUCACAGAUCAGCACGGGACUGUACGACUUCAGCACCAAGAAACAACCCGAUGCAAGGUCUCGAGACCGCCCCUACAGCAGCAUGAGCUGGCAUGAACAGGACAUUGUACAGUUUGAACAGAAGCAGCAGGGGAAGAAAAACAGAAGGCAGGAACAAUAUGGAGGGUCUCGCCGGCCUAGCAGUAUCCCCAGCGGGAUCUGGAGAGCCCAGUCCGCCAUGUCAUGCCCCAACGGGAGAGACACCGCUAUGAGUAGAACUACGCGGGAGAUACCCAGAGUACACUCUGCUGGGAGUGAGUGCAUCAGAGCAGAUGCCCCCCCACCGCAACAUUUCCCCAGAGAAGAGGCUCUGUGGAGAGAAUUCCAGGAGAGCCAACCACACGAACCACAGUGGGAAGACAGUGUAGCACAGGAAGACUUUAAAGGUGAUCAGAGUCUCUUCAGAGAGGGAAGUGUGUCCGUUCACUACUACAACACUAAGAGUUCAGUUUCGGAGAUCCAGAGUAGGAUGACUGUCAUUUCACGGAACACAAACUUGUCGCGUUUGAGCAGGACCUCUCAUGUGUCACACAAAUCAUCGUGUCAGAUCCCCACUGCACACAGUGUUGAUGAAAGUAACAUAAAAUCAGUCCACGGACCGCAUAGUACCCUACAGACCUUGUUAGAUGAGCCACCAAAGCCGAGGGACAAUGUGAAGAAAUCUGGAAUACAACAUAAAUCUGCAUGGUACCAUGUCCCAGGAAGAUACCCUACCCACAAGGAGCCUCUGCCAAGAAAGAGGAGUCAGAAGCGAGUAAAGAAGCUAAAUCGUGGGACGGACACAACAUUGGACCAGCAGCUUCAUCCCAUUGACGAAUCACCAUCCAGUGAGGGAGGGAGUUCAGCUGAGUCAGAGAAAUGGGGGUCAGAUGGAGUAGAAGCGGCUGAGGCAGGGAUUCAGGACCUACAGGUUGUAGGGGAAGGAAAGGAGGCAUACACUCAAAUAGAAUCUGUCAACCUUACUGAACAACAUAAAGAAACCACAUUGGAAGCAGAGAAUGAGUCAAUAUUGACAGGAAACACGACAACUGUGGAAACAGGAAAGAAAGGAACAACAAAAACCUCAAGGAACUUAAGAAUUGUGGAACCCGAAAAGGUUACUAAAGAAGCCAUCGCUUCUAGACAUUAUCAGUUCCCUGCUGUACAUUGACCAUUAGGUCUUAAUGACAGAAUGUUUAUGAUGUAAGAAAUUUCAAUCAUUCAUGAACCAAAGAUGAGAUUAUGCCAGAAAGAGAUUUGUAAUAUUUGGACAGAAGGUGUUGACAUAAUGUGGAAUUCUAAAGCUGCUUGUUAUUUCGCAUUUCAAUAUUGCCCCUGCUUUAGAGGGUAGGAAUGGAACAUUGUCUAGUAUAGGCAGAUACUAGUGUUGCAGUAUUUCCUGUUUGUUACUUGUCUGUAUUGAUAGCUAUGUAUGAUGCAUUAUGAUGCAUGAGUCCAUUUUUAUAUCUUAGUCAUACUGCUGUGCCAAUCAAGCUUUUAUUAUUAUGGCUUUUAUUACAUUUGUGAACAACAAAAUUUUUGUUCACUAUGUCUAAUCUUAAGAGUUUUAUAGCUUCAUAAGAAACUAUAGUUUCACAGCCCCCUACCUUCGACCAAGGAUGUUAAAUAGCGUCCUUGCUUUGCCAAGUAAUUUUGUAUCUUUACAAUGCUAAUGAUACAUAAAGUCUCUUGUUAGUACAAUUUAUUUGGAUUCAUUAUCUCCUGUCUCCAAACUGCAUAUGUUAUAAGUAUCCUUCUUCAGGAAGCUAUAAAGUAACAUUUCCUCAUAAAUGUUAGUAAUAUGCUAAUAAUAAAAUAAUGUCUAAUUUA